UGUGUGUGUGUGUGUGUGUGUGUGUGUGUGUGUGUGUGUGUGUGUCAUGUGUCUACACAAUUUCUUAUGCAUAUAGUCCACUGCACCGUCCAUUCAGACUUUUGUUUCGAUGGUACAUGCUACACUUUUUACAAGUUUUAUGCACCUGGGAGAUUUAAGGUUUACUUUUUGUGUAACAUAUAAAAUACUGACACUAGUUAUAGACCAGCGUUAAGUAAAUGUAGUCUAUGCAUUUUGAUUUCAAGGCUGUUUUUAAAAAGCAGAUCGAUCCUCUGAAACACAGAAGUGUUUCACAAGACUUGUUAUUGUAAUUUUUGUGGCCAGCACUUUUCUGAUGGGUUAUUUGGGCAGUUAUUGGCUUUGGAGAGUACGCGCUCAUCCUACGCACGUUACGUUUCUGUGGUGCAGUGUUGACAGUAGUAGGCAGUCUGGUGUAGAUAUCUGCUGUUGACAUUCAGAUAAGACACCAGACGUGAAUAUGGCGUCAAGUGAUUAUUCCCAGAGUUCGUCCCAUGGAUAUGGGGCUUAUGGUGGACAAUCAGGUGGUGGAUAUAGCCAGCCCCAGCCCCAGGGCCAGAGCUACGGCCAGCAGCCCUACAGCGGCUACAGCCAGAGUCCGGAACAGCCCUCAGCCGCUUACAACCAGGGUGGCUACAACUCAAGCUACGGGCAGUCUCAGUCAGGUGGAUAUGGCUCUCCGCCUCCUUCUCUUCAGUCCAGUCAGUCGUACAGUACCCAGCCUCCCCAGAGUGGCUACUCCCAGCCGUCCUCCUACUCCAGCUAUGGCCAGCAGCAGGCUGCUCCUCCUCCCUCUGCCACCAGCUAUGGCAGCAGCUCCCAGUCAUCUGGUUUUGGAUCCCAGAGUGGAGGUUACGGGAGCAGCGGCGGCGGCAGUGGUGGCCAGGGUGGGGCGUAUGGGGGCAGUGGGCCCCAGGGAGGCAGCUAUGGCAGCAGUGGGCCCCAGAGCGGAGGCUAUGGUGGGGGCAGCGGAGGCCAGGGCGGAGGCUACAGUGGAGGCAGCGGAGGGCAGGGUGGAAGCUACGGGGGCAGCGCGGGACCACAGCCGUCGCAGCACGGGGGUUCUCCCUAUAACCAGCCCGCGAAUUACAGCUCGCCCCCACCGCAGAGCUACGGACAGCAGAGCCAGUAUGGACAGGGAGGAGGCUAUGGUCAGGACUCACCCACAGGAGACAGUGGGGCAGGAGGCUUCAGGGGUUCAGACGGAGGGUACAGUGGCCGAGGCCGCGGGGGAAGCCGGGGCUUCGGAGGCCGCGGAGGAGAUGGGGGGUUUGAGCGGGGGGGCCGUGGAGGACCCAGAGGACCAGGGGGCAUAGGAACGGGCGAUCGAGGAGGAUUCAAUAAGUUUGGUGGCCCCAGACUCCCAGGACCUGGGGGGCCAAGCUCAAUGGUAGAUCCGGAGAACGCUGACAACAACACCAUCUUCGUUCAGGGUCUGGGUGAUACCUAUACCGUGGAGUCGGUGGCUGACUACUUCAAGCAGAUUGGCAUCAUCAAGAUCAAUAAGAAGACAGGCUUGCCCAUGAUCAACCUCUACACAGACCGCGAAUCAGGCAAGCUGAAAGGAGAAGCCACAGUCUCUUUUGAUGACCCACCCUCAGCCAAGGCAGCCAUUGAUUGGUUUGAUGGGAAGGACUUCAGUGGUAACCGCAUUAAGGUGUCCUUCGCCACCCGACGAGCAGAGUUUGGAAGCCGGGGAGGAGGCAUGAGAGGCGGUCGAGGUAGAGGAGGGCCCAUGGGUCGGGGUGGCUUUGGAGGCGCCCGAGGGGGUGGAUUCCCAGGCAACAAUGGAGGAGGAGGAGGAGGAGGAGGAGGAGGAGGUGGCGGCGGAGGCGGGAGCGGCGCCGCCGGUGGUAAUGGAGGUUCAGGUGGAGGGCAGCAGAGAGCUGGAGACUGGAAGUGCUCUAAUCCGACGUGUGGAAACCUGAACUUCUCCUGGAGGAACGAGUGCAACCAGUGCAAAGCCCCCAAACCAGAGGGGUCUGGAGGGAUGUCGCCUGUAGGAGCAGGAGGAGGUGGGGGCUUUGGAGGAGAUCGAGGGGGCAGGGGUGGCUUUGAUCGCGGAGGCUUCCGAGGUCGUGAAGGAGACCGUGGGGGAUUCCGAGGGCGCGGAGGGGACCGCGGAGGGGACCGCGGAGGGGACCGCGGAGGGGACCGCGGAGGGGACCGUGGAGGCUUCGGCCCUGGCAAAAUGGACGGAAGGGCGGACCACCGGCACGACCGCAGGGACCGUCCCUACUAAACCCUAACCCUCACUCCGAGACCAGUCGCCACUCCUCAACCUCAUCUUGGGACCAGCAAUGACCCUUCUCUCUCUCUCUACACACACACACACACCCUUCCCCCCCCCUUUUAUAUCCAGUGUUUUCAAGUUCUCACUCUGAAGUCCUGUGUGGAGAAUCAGGACUCACUCUUAGGAUCAUAAGACUUGUAUACACAAAUACACACACAUACAUUUACACACAUGUUCUUCUAUUUAUCUCCAUGGCUAGUGUUACUUUUACCUGCAUCUGUGUGUUCUGGUGUUUGUGUUAAUGUAAAGUUUUAUUAGUGUUUGUUGGGUUUAAUAUUUUGAUAUACAAAAUAUGUUACAGAACUAAAAGAAAAUACACUAAUAUUGUCUUGUUUUCUUUUUACAGUAACAAUAGUGUGAUUGUUUGCUGAUUGGUUGUGCAUAUUCUGAGGAUAAACAUUGUUGAGAACGUAAUGUUAUUUAUGGGUUAUGGUUCUUAUGAGUAACAGCUAAUGUGUCCUCACUAUCCAAUAUCUAAAAAUGAUAACCUUAUAAUUAGUCUCUGAUUUCACACGUCAUCGAAAAUAAUUUAAAGGUAAAAUUGUAAAAUGUAAAAUGACCUGAUGGUCACUAACCUCAGGAGGGCAGUCUUUCUACUGUGCACACAUUUGAAUUCUCAUAUCCCAUUGUACCAGCCAACAGCUGUGUGAUGAAAGGGCAUAUUCAGUAGGGCCAGGGGGAUGGUUUGAUGAGCUUAUGUACAUAUCUCCCCAAAUCUCUCCCCAACGGCUAGUUUGUCUGAUGUAAAGAUUGCAGCUGAACACAGAACACAGAUGUCCAAGAUCAUCUGCAGGUGUUCAGGGUCAAGAUGCUUUUGCAUGUUGAACAAAUUACAUUGUCUGUUCUCCA